CACGCCUGGCCUUCGCGCUGGGCCGGGCCGCGCCGGGCCGCCAUGCAGGGAUCAAAGCUGGAAGUACCUCUGUGGCUUGCUAAAGGUCUACAUGACAGCAAAAGAAGAAUAAUUUCUGUGGAACUGCCAAAGAUUUACAAGGAAGCUUGGAGGACAGUGUUCAGCGCUGAUGCCAAUGUGGUCGAUCUGCAUAAAAUGGGGCCAUACUACUAUGGAUUUGGUUCCCAGCUCCUGAAUUUUGACAAUCCAGAGAAUCCUGAGAUAGCUCAGACUAUCCUGCAGACGUUUAUUAGCCGUUUCCGUCGUAUCAUGGACUCCUCUCAGAAUGCCUACAACGAAGACACAUCAGCGCUGGUGGCUCGGCUGGAUGAACUGGAGCGAGCCUUAUUUCGAGCUGGCCAGAAAGGGCUGAAUGACUUCCAGUGCUGGGAAAAGGGACAGGCUUCUCAAAUCACAGCUUCCAGUCUGGUCCAGAAUUACGGGAAAAGAAAGUUCACAGAUGUGGAUUGUUGAAAACCUUGAAGAACGUGGUGCUACAGUGCAGAACACUGAGAGGUUUACAGUCUGUCUGCCACAGAAGAGCAAGAUGAACAGCUUUGGGGAAGGACAGGCUUCCUGAUCAUUGAUGGGAAUUCUUCUCUGUAACAUCUUUGGAUUACAUUAGUGCAAAUUUUAAAGGCAGGAAGCAAGGGUAUAAAAAAUAGAUAGCCUCACAUCACUGGAUAGCUUUGCAGCUUACCCAUACAACUCCUGAGGAUUUUCAGUUAAAGUGUUUGCUAGGUGGCUGAAAGGGUUUUCUAAAAGGGUGAUUAAUAUUUAUUAUUCCUUAUCUUCCAAAUGGAUAUUUACAGUAUCAGAUCUUUUGGGAGAAAAGUGUAACUCUCUGUAUUUCAUCUUGCCCUUCUCAUUCAAACCUCCUAGGAACAGCUGUCACCAGGUUCCCUGUUCUUUGGAGACCACCAGUGAUGUGGAAAAAAGUGUGGUACAGACUGCAUUGAAUUUUUCUCAUUUCUUAUACAUUGAGGUGCAACAGGUACUCUUUGUGAUGCAGGAAUGUUUUUAUAUGCUGACUUUUGUACUUAGUGCCUUGGAGAAAAACACCUCCUCCACCAUGUAGCAAGUGAAGUGGGUAUGCAAGUCUCAUCCUCACUCUCCCUUUUGGCCCUUGCGGGGUUGAUGCUGCAUGUGAUGGAGAAUGUUCUUGUUUGAUGCAAGGGAUGUGUGUCUGUAAUGGGUGUUAAGCUCCUCUGCUUGUUUUACAGAGGAGGCAACAGAAGGCAACAAAGAGUGAGUCUGGACUGGAUCAGAAGCAGCAACUUUAAUGGAAACUCCGCAAUUCUCAACCUCUGAGCCAUCUAUUUUCCCAUGAGAAAUUCUGAUUACUGAAUUUGGUUAGUAGAAGGGACAGAGCAAAUGAACUGAGUUUCCUUCCUUCUGAUCCAUCUAAAUGAUCCUAGUAAAUGUCAUUCUUACCAGUAUGAGUCACUGGAGUUGGAGUUGGAUCUUCUGAACAGCACAGUGGUUAUCAUCCUGUGUGGAUGCCCUAAAACUAAAUUAUCUGAAGUCCCAUUGGAUUGGAAAUAGAAAACAGAUGGUUAUCUCUGUAGGAUGUAGUUCUCAUGGUGAUCAGGAUGGUUGUCCUUUGAAGCAGGUAUUAGACAUCUUACGGGUGCUUCUAAUCAUCUGUAGCAGCUGGACCUUGCAGACUACUUAAGUGGAGGAGCCAGAUCGUAAUGAUACUGAGCACUUCCUCUUCUGUGGGAAUUGCUGCAAGUGACAGCCAGAUCCAAAUCUUGGAGUUGUUGUUACUGGCCUUGCACAUGCACCUGGUUAUUGGAUACUUCAAACUGGAAACCUAAGUACAAAGGGUGCGUGGCCUCCCAUACCGAAGUACUGGAUACUUCAAUAUGGGAGGUGGUGAGAGGGGGCAGCGUGCAGGCUGCACCAGCACCUUGGCAUCUUUGCCUCAGCUGUACAGGGCACAGGAGGUGAGUUGGAAGCUGUGCCUGCAAAGUAUUUCAAGUACAUGCAAGAUCAAAUAACUGCUGCACUUAAUGAGUUAAUGGCACACAAUAGCCUAUGCGUUUUGAUGGAGCUUUUGUAUAUUCUCUAUUUCUGGAUUUUUAUGUUGAAUAUUUGUAUGGGGA